AAUGUUUCUGUGGAGCUCUAAAUCGGAUGUUCCCGUGACAUUUAGCACAUAUUAGCUGCAGGAGUGAUCGAGUAAAUCAUUUCUAAAGACAGAUUUCUGUUGAACAGUCAGUUCACCACGCCCUCCCUGUGUGUAUGUGUGCGUUACGUAAGCCUUUACGCACGGGGACACAUGAGUAGAGAGGAAACUUCAGUGUGACAGUCGGUCAGUCUCUGCACCUGAGUGCUACAGCUGUGAACCUCGUGCACUACAUUUGUAAGCUUUGCCACCAUGGUUGUGCUUUCCAAAGAGUAUGGAUAUGUAGUGCUGACCGGUGUGGCCAGUAUGGUGAUGAUUGGACAUCUGGCCUUUAAAGUUGGCAAAGCCCGCAAGAAGUACAAUGUCCGGUAUCCUCAGAUGUACAGUGACAACCCAGAAACUGGAAACAUUUUCAACUGCAUCCAGCGUUCACACCAAAACACCCUGGAGAGCUACCCCACCUUUCUCUUCUGCCUCGCAAUUGGCGGUGUGCAUUGUCCUCGUCUCACCAGUGGACUUGGAGUUGUAUGGAUCAUAAGCAGAGAGGUGUACGCACAUGGUUACUCUACAGGAGAUCCUAAAAAAAGAAUGCGGGGAGCGUUUGGGAAUGUGGCAUUGCUCGGGAUGAUGCUGACCACAGUCAGCUACGGCGGCCACCUGCUCGGCUGGACGGGACCAAGGAUGGGCCCCUUCCGUCACGUAAACUGUUGCUAGUGAGGACGAAGUCUUCAGUGUGCUUACUCAAUCAUUCACUUUAUCAUUAAAGCCACUCUGUGUAAUCCGUAUACGAUGCAACAUGUGUGCUAAACUCUGAGCAUAUUAACAUUUGAAGUCAGGUUAGGCUCAUGUGCUUUAGUGACCUGACCGGUUCUCCAGGUAGGGAAAUUCCUCCUUUAGGAUGCAGUAUGGGGUUUAUUCACUGGUUGGCACUCCCACAGCAUGUGUGAUCUUCAGCUGCAACCUAUUAAGAUAUUCUUAAUUAGCCGGUCCCAUGACAUUAAUUAUAUUUCAUAUUUUGCAAUAGAUAAUGAAAAUGCUGUAAUAAAAUAGGGAGGUUUUCAUAUUGAUGGGUUUGUGACAGAAGAUUGUAUUUGCUGGUCUGAAAAAGUCAGACUUUGCACAUUGAUGAAUAACUGAAAAUGGUGACUCCGAUAUAAUCAAGUAAGACUCAUAACUCUGAUGAUUGAUGGAUUUUUUUUUUAGAUGUUUCUCAUAUUGAAAACAGGGGUUUGACUGGUCAUACUGAUGAUAUUAAAUAUUUCCAUUGGUUGUAAA